AUGAGCAUAGACACCUGUGAAGAUCAGGUGGAGAUGGCAGACUGUGCUGUCGUUUUUGUACUUGACAAACUCACAAACUUCAUAGCUGAAGAAGCAAUAUUGCUUCAGGGAGUGAAGCAUGAUAUCCAGUAUAUCAAAGAUGAAUUGGAGAGAAUGAUAACCUUUCUUGGUGUGGCUGAUGCUUUCGAAGAGGGAGAUGCUGAGGUCAAAGUCUGGGUUAGGCAAGUGAGAGAUGUCGCCAAUGACAUUGAGGAUGUUCUUGAUGAGUCCAUGCUCUUGUCAUAUGAUCAUCACUACCGUGGAUCUUGUUGUUUAAUUGCUAAAUUGGUUUUCUCAAUCAGAAACAUCAAAUUCUGCCAUAAACUUGUCGCUGAAAUCCAAGCCAUCAAAUCAAGAGUUGACAAUAUUGCAAUGGGACAUCAUAGGUACCGUUACAAAUAUUAUGUCCCGGAGCAAGGUUCAAAUUCUAGCCAUGCAUACGAUACUGCAAAUGAUCGCAGAGGUGAUGCUUUAUUGUUAGAAGAAGCUGAGCUUGUGGGCAUUGAAAAUCCCACACAGCAGCUAAUGGGUUGGCUCGUGGAGGAUGAUCCUAGACUUAAAGUGAUUUCGGUGGUGGGAAUGGGAGGUUCAGGAAAGACCACCCUGGUUAAGAAAGUGUAUGAGGAUGCAGCCGUCAAGAAAAACUUCAAUAGCCUUGCUUGGAUAACAGUUUCCAAGUCCUUCAAGGUUGAAGAAGUUUUGAAAGACAUGAUUCAACAGCUCUACGAUGAAGUGAAGCAGCCAGCACCUGAAGGUCUAAACACCAUGAGCAGUAACAGGCUUAAAACAAUAGCAAAAGUAUUCCUGCAAUCGAGAACGUAUGUGCUAGUUUUUGAUGAUGUCUGGACCAUUCAAGCUUGGGAAGCUAUCAGAUAUGCAUUGCCUGAUAGACCAAUGGCUAUGGAGGUGAAACCCUUGUCUACUGAAGAGUCGUGGAUUCUUUUCUGCAAAAAGGCAUUUCAUGGUUAUUCAUGUCCUUCACACUUGGAGAGCAUUUCAAGGAACAUCUUGAAAAAAUGUGGUGGACUGCCGCUGGCUGUUGUGGCCGUUGGUGGGGUUUUGGCUACAAAGAACAGGAACAACAUUAGGGAAUGGGGAAUGCUUAAUCACAGCCUUGGUCCUGAGCUGGAUAGCAAUGACAAAUUUGAGAGUAUGAGAAUAGUUUUGUUACUCAGUUUCAAUGAUCUCCCCUACUAUCUUAAGCCAUGUUUCCUGUAUUUGAGCAUUUAUCCCGAGGAUCAUCUAAUUGAGCGCAAUACACUGAUUUACCGGUGGAUAAUGGAAGGAUUUGUAAAACAAAAAGAGCGGGGGACAGUUGAACACGUUGCAGACGGCUAUCUCAAUGAGCUCAUCAACAGAAGCUUGAUCCAUCCAGUGCAGUACAAUGAUGACGGUAGCAUGAAAUUGGGUAGGAUUCAUGAUUUAUACCGCGAGCUUAUACUUUCAAAAUCAAGAGAUGGUAACUUUACUGCAACAGUUGAUGAGCAUAAUAAAUUGUGGCCUGAAAAAACUCGAUGGCUGUCAAUGCAUGGCAUGUUGGGCAACCUACAAGUGAAAAGGUCAGUCACUAAACUUCGCUCUUUGCUUACAUUUGGUGUAGCAGAUCCACAGUCCUUGUCUUGCAUAAGUCAAGUGCUCAGUAGCUCCCGGAUGCUAAGAGUUUUAGAUUUGAGAGGAGCUCCUCUAAAUAUGAUCCCAGAGACGAUUUUCCAAAUGUUUCACUUAAGGUAUCUAAGCUUGAGGAAUACCAAUGUGAAAGUGCUUCCAAGAUCCAUUGGAAGACUCAAACAGCUAGAAAUAUUGGAUCUGAAGCAGACAUAUGUCAGUGAGUUGCCUGUGGAGAUUUUAAAACUUGAAAAUCUCAGUCACCUUUUAGUCUAUAGCCUCGUAUCCUAUUCGUAUCUUCCUUACAAUUCUUCACCAGGUUUUAAGGCUUUCCGAGGAAUUGGAGCUUUGAGAGCCUUGCAGAAACUUGAGUGUAUUGAGGCAACCCCUGGCAGUGGCAUACUUAGAGAAGUAGGGUUGUUGAGUGAACUGAGACGACUUUGUAUUCUGAAGUUGAGAAAAGAAGAUGGGAGGACUGUGUGCUCAUCAAUUCAAAAGCUUCGCAAGCUUGAGUCUUUAAAUCUUAAAUCAGUGGAAGAGCAUGAGAUCCUUGAUCUUUCUUACAUGUCAUCUCCUCCGCCUCUUCUUCAGCGCCUGUAUUUGACAGGACACAUUGUUAAGUUGCCUGCGUGGAUUCAAGAUCUUCAUUCCUUGGUCAAAAUUUACUUCAGGUGGACUCAUUUAACAAAAGAUCCACUGAAAUAUCUACAAGAUUUGCCCAAUCUUGUCCAUCUUGAAUUUCUUGUACGAUACACAGGAAAGGAACUCUACUUUGAGCAAGGGAAAUUUCAAAGGCUUAAGCUUUUAAAUUUGGACAAGUUGGAAGGACUAAAGCAGGUGACAAUCGGGGAAGGUGCAGUACCUCAUCUUGAGAAGCUGGUUAUCCAGAGAUGUGCUUUGCUUGAAACUGUGCCAACUGGAAUCGAGUGCCUCCUAAAUCUGAAGGUUCUUGAAUUCUUUGACAUGCCUGAUGAAUUUAUCAUGACAUUGCGUCCAGACAAACAAGGUGCUGAUGCUUGGAAAGUUUCACAUAUCCGUGAAGUAUUCUAUACAUAUUGGAGGGACGGUUGUUGGAUGGUACAUUCACUAAAGGAAAAGGAGAAAAAUCAGAUUUCUGAUCAGUCUGGAGCUGUCACUAGGACCUAUGGAAGGCAAAAUUCACUCUAG